UGCGUAUAGAAAGUGAGAUAUAUACGUUUAAACACGCGCCUUUAAAACCGUAAAAAGUCAAAUAUGGCAAAAAAUAAGGGACAAAGGGAGUAAAAAUUACGCCUUAUCCUAUAUUUGAGCGAAAAUUAUUGCGUACCAGUUUGCGUUUUCAAAAUCAAAAGUAAAAAAAGGUGUAAAUUUUUGCCAAACAAGGUCAAAAGGUAAAAAGAAAAAAAAAGAAAAAAAAAAUCCUUUUUUAAAAGAAAAAAACUACAAAAAAGUAGGGCAAACAAAAUCAAUAAGAAUCUGAAGCAAAAUCAGGUCUUUUAACACUUUACCUUAACAGCCACCCCAGCUUGCUUGGAGAAAACUCUAAGAGUUGACUGCAAGCGGGCGAAGAAGAAGAGCCGCCUACAUUAUCACCCCUUCUUUCUCUCUCUUCUGGUGAAUUUCAUUACCCACAUGCGAAUUCUGGUUUGACUGCAUUUUAAUGCUAUGCUUCGAGCCAAGCAGAUCAGUAGCUUUUCCAAUUGUGCUAGAUCCUUAUUAUAUAGCGGGUCAAGAUGUAGUACAGCUGAUGGGAGCUCAUGCUCAUGCGCUGAUGAUGAUAAAUGUGCUUCAAGGAGACAGACUACAUUGCUUCGGCCAAAACCAUCGGCCGUGGUGCCUUUGCCUGCUGCAAGGGUAGAUUCUGUAGUCUCAAAGGAUGCAGGGAGAACUUCUCAAAAACCAGAAGAUGGCAACUGCUCUACUUCUCGUCCACAAGUUGUCUCUCUUUCAAGCGCUUUGGGGAAACCUGACUGUGUAAAUUAUUCCACCAGCAUUAAUUCUGAGCAGAAUGAUGUGACACAGUCUUCAGCUCACAUAACAGACCAGUUGGUCAAGGUAGGUAUUGCUGCAGUAGGUUUUAUAUCAGAUGUUGUGAAUUAUAAGAUUCCUCUGACAGAUGGAAGUGAAACAGCUUCUUCUGCACAAACCUAUAUGGUUGGUCAUAGUAGACCCCGAUCAACUGUCAAACCUUCAUCUGUAAAUUCUGUAAAGAAAGAAGAUUUUUAUGAUGUACAUGAGAAACCUUCGUCGAGAAAGGAGGCUGCUUCUAGUCCCUCAGUGAAUUAUCAGGGUCCUAAAUGUAAAACUGAUCAUCAAGGGCCUGCUGAAGCUUUCAGCCACGAGACUAUUAGAAAGGUCGGAGGUUCGGUAGGAACUCAGGCUGUAGCAUCAGAUAAGAAAAGCUACAUAGGAACCCAGGGUACAGCUUCAGAAAAGAAAAACUUCAUAGGAACUCAGGGUGUUUCAUCGGAAAAGAAGAAUUAUAGUUCUCAGAAAUCCAAAGCAUACAUUAAUAGCCCUAAUGUACAGGCCUCAAAAACAAAGUUUACUGGCAGAGUUCCUCACUAUAUCAAUAAUUAUGCUAGGGAUUAUAAAUAUCAGGCGGGAACUGCUCCAUUUUCUAGGCAGUAUGUGAGCACUGCACAAGUUAAUAGUGUUCUAGAUAUAUUGAAAAGGCUGAAAUGGGGUCCUGCAGCAGAAGUUGCACUUGAGAAUCUCAAUUUCUCGAUGGAUGCUUAUCAAGCAAAUCAAGUUCUGAAGCAGAUUCCAGACUACGUUGCUGCACUUGGCUUCUUCUACUGGUUGAAACGCCGAGUAGGUUUUAAACACGAUGGGCAUACUUAUACAACUAUGGUGGGCAUCUUGGGCCGGGCUAAACAGUUUGAUGCAAUUAAUGUCUUGCUUGAGCAGAUGAUCAGGGAUGGAUGUGAGCCUAAUGUAGUGACCUACAACCGUCUGAUUCAUAGCUAUGGGCGUGCUAACUAUCUCAAUGAUGCAGUAGGUGUUUUCCACCAAAUGCAGGAAGCUGGUUGCGAACCUGACAGAGUCACCUAUUGCACACUUAUUGAUAUCCAUGCAAAAUCAGGUUAUCUUGAUGUUGCCUUGCACAUGUAUCAAAGGAUGCAGGAAGCAGGCCUUUCUCCUGACACAUUUACGUACAGUGUUAUGAUCAACUGCUUGGGAAAGGCUGGCCACUUGGCUGCUGCUCAUAAGCUGUUCUGUGAGAUGGUUGAUUCGGGCUGUAUCCCAAAUCUUGUUACUUACAACAUCAUGAUUGCCUUGCAAGCCAAGGCAAGAAACUACCCUGUUGCCCUGCAGAUCUAUCGUGACAUGAAAAAUGCAGGAUACGAGCCUGACAAAGUCACAUACAGUAUAGUGAUGGAAGUCCUUGGACAUUGUGGAUAUCUUGAGGAGGCAGAAGCAAUAUUUUUUGAGAUGAAAAAUAAGAAUUGGGUUCCUGAUGAACCUGUUUAUGGGCUUCUUGUGGACUUGUGGGGUAAAGCUGGGAAUGCUGAAAAAGCUCUGCACUGGUAUCAAUCAAUGCUGCAAGCAGGCUUGUAUCCUAAUGUGCCAACCUGUAAUUCUUUGCUUAGUGCUUUUCUUCGAGCUCAUCGACUUUCAGAUGCUUAUAAUGUGCUCCUAGGGAUGGUUAAUAUGGGACUAAAUCCUUCACUUCAAACUUAUACUUUGCUCCUCAGUUGCUGUACUGAAGCUAAAUCAUCCUUCAAUAUGGGAUUUUGUGGGCAACUUAUGGCCAUAACGGGCCACCCAGCGCAUGUUUUUCUGCUGAACAUGCCAGCAUCAGGGCCUGAUGGACAGAAUGUUCGGGAUCACGUUGGAAGGUUCCUGGACGUGAUGCACAGUGAAGACAGAGAAAGUAAACGAGGACUCAUUGAUGCUGUUGUAGAUUUUCUUCACAAAUCAGGCUUGAAGGAGGAGGCUGGUUCUGUGUGGGAGGUUGCAGCCAUGAAGAAUGUGUACCCUGAUGCUGUGAGGGAAAAAAGCUCUUGUUAUUGGCUAAUCAACUUGCACGUCAUGUCAGAUGGAACUGCAGUGACUGCUCUUUCUCGGACACUAGCCUGGUUCCGCCGCCAGCUGCUGAUGUCAGGUGUGGGUCCCACCAGGAUCGACAUUGUGACUGGUUGGGGUCGACGGAGUAGGGUGACAGGAGCGUCGUUGGUGAGGCAGGCUGUUCAAGAGUUGCUCAAUAUGUUUAGCUUUCCAUUCUUCACUGAAAAUGGAAAUUCUGGGUGCUUUGUGGGGUGUGGGGAGCCCCUGAACAAAUGGUUGCAGCAGUCAUGUGUUGAGCGGAUGCAUUUGCUCUAGCAACAUUUCUGCAUGGUAUGUUAGUUGCAUUUUUGUGGCGGAUGCCGGAUAGAGCAACUAGCAUCACUAUUUUCGAGUAUAAUAAAUUGGUGUAUUUAGCUAUGGCCUGUAUGUACGUAGUUGAUUAGCAUUGCCAUUAGGUGCCUAGUUUAUCAUUUUUAUAUAUCUUAGCUGCAAAUUUAGCUAGGCAUUUUUGAAGUGUUCGUUUUAUCAGUUAAUCGCGGGUAUUAGAAGCUUGUUAUGGCUGAGAUGCGGGUUUGCAACCUUGCAGAUGCAUUUAAUUUAGUUUUUGUAAAGCUAUCCAUAUUUUAUAUGUACUAUGGAAAAUUUCGAGGAAGGAAUCUGUUAUUUUAGCUAAAA